AGAAGGAACUUUCGUUACAUGUUCCCUGUUUUUGAGGGUCUCUCUUCUUGUUGUUCAGCUUGAUUAUUUGUUUCUUGUUACCUCAAAGCAACUCAUCAUUUCCCUCUUUCUUCAAGCAUUGCAGAGUCCGUGAAGUUAAACAGUUGGCGGCUAAUAGCACAGUAAUGGGUAACUGCCUAGAUUCCUCAGCAAAAGUGGAUGCUGCUCACAGUUCAAGGACUUCCACUUCUGGGAUUUCGAAAGCGAGUCGCUCCUCUGCGGCCUCAAGCUUAUCCAUCUUGUCACACAAUGGAACCAGUGAUUCUUCGAUGAAGAGCGCCACAAGGAACUUUCGUCCGGAUAGUCUCCUUGGUGAGGGAGGAUUUGGCUAUGUUUAUAAGGGGUGGCUUGAUGAACACACUUUUACAGCUUCCAAACCAGGAUCAGGAAUGGUUGUUGCUGUCAAGAAACUUAAGCCUGAAGGUUUUCAAGGUCAUAAGGAGUGGUUGACCGAAGUUAAUUACCUGGGACAACUUCACCAUCAUAACCUGGUUAAGCUAAUUGGUUACUGCGUGGAGGGGGAAGAUCGGCUGUUGGUGUAUGAGUUCAUGCCCAAAGGGAGCUUAGAGAAUCAUCUGUUUAGAAGAGGACCACAGCCACUUUCUUGGUCACUUAGGAUGAAAGUGGCCAUUGGUGCUGCCAGAGGUCUAACUUUUCUUCACAAUGCCAAAUCACAAGUCAUAUACCGCGAUUUUAAAGCUUCGAAUAUCCUACUAGAUGCUGAGUUCAAUGCAAAACUCUCUGAUUUUGGCUUAGCCAAGGCUGGUCCUACUGGAGAUAGAACUCAUGUCUCUACUGAAGUUAUGGGUACUCGUGGAUAUGCAGCACCUGAAUAUGUAGCAACAGGGCGGUUGACAGCCAAAAGUGAUGUAUAUAGCUUUGGGGUUGUAUUGCUUGAGCUUUUGUCUGGAAGACGUGCUGUUGAUAGAACAAAAGCCGGUGUCGAGCAGGACCUUGUAGACUGGGCGAAACCGUAUCUAGGUGACAAAAGAAGACUAUUUAGGAUUAUGGACACCAAGCUCGAGGGUCAAUACCCACAGAAAGGAGCCUACAUGGCUGCUACUCUUGCUUUAAAAUGCCUUGAUCGGGAAGCCAAGGCAAGGCCGCCAAUGACAGAGGUUUUAGAAACCCUCGAGCAGAUAGAAGUCCCCAAAACUGCAGCGCGAAACUCUCAAUCAGGGCAGAAGAGAGUACAUGUUCCUCCAAGCCCAAGGAAGUCUCCUGGACAGAAUCUGUCCCCCAUGAAUGUUACUCGAACUUCAUACCCAUUGCCGCCUUGCCGAGAAUCCCCUCAUGUACAUUAAACCUUAUGAUCAUCUGUAUAUAAAUUCCUUUAUUUAUGAGAUUGCGUUUUUGACAGGAAUAUAAUGAGGUAUUCAUUUCUCCAACAUAAAACUUUUGUAGCAAAGAAUAAUAUAGAAAGGAAUAUGAACACCAUAUUUCCAUUA